AUAUUGAAUUAUUAGAAACACAAUACAUAUUGGCUAUAAAUGAUGAUAAUCAUGAUAUAUAUAAUAAAGGGAGAGAGUUGAAGUGAGAAUGGGGCCACGUAAGAGAGUAGGCGAUACCAUAAGCAGACAAUGGCAUCUAGAGGAUAAGGAUGGAGCUCCAGGGAAUUACCAACUUCGACACAUAGGGAUUGGAGGAGACCAGGAAGAAACUGGAGUUCAAAACGGACAAGGGAGGGCAAUUAACCAAGACAAGAAAGGUUUAAAGGAAGGUAAGAUUAAGUGGGUGGUGAAAAGGAAAGUGAAUGAACCCGUAGGGGAGGAUAGGGAGCUAAUGAAGGAUUUAGUAGAUUAUGAGAAAGCAUGGCUGAGCAGAUGGUUCGAAAGGGUUAAAUUGUUGUUAGUGUUUGAUGUUGGACAAGAGAGGUUCGUGUGGAUCAAGUUAGUUGGAUUACUAUUGCAUGCUUGGAAUUAGAAAUGUUUCAAGCAGAUUGAAGACCAGUUUAAGGCUUAUGUUUAUGGAGAUAAACACAUUGUAGACAAAAGUUGGCUUGAGGUAGCCACACUUCGUGUUAGGUUUGCAAGACAAGCGAAAAUUUUAGAAGUUCUCCAAGUAAGAAUUAAGGAUCACUUAUUCU